CUUUGCCUACAGUAACAUCUGUUUUGCCUGCAAAUUAUUUGCUGUUUCCAGUGCUCUGACAGCCUGGGUAGCUAGAAAGGGGGCAGCACAGCAAACCUAAUGGGAGCUCACUGCGCAGAACUGUGUUCAGGGUCCUGCUGUCUGCUGCUUCCAGGCGUUUCACGCAUCAGAGAAGCGGAGCUCUCUGUACUUCCUGUGCUCAUGCAAUCCUGGCAGCUUAAGCUCAUCUUCAACAGCCUCUGUCGACAGGCAGUAAUUCAUAACACCAUGGACAGCACGCACGCUCUCCUUUUAACAGCUGCUGUUUGCUUUCUCUGUCAAGCUUUUCUGUUGGCCAUGGGCACCAUGAACAGCAAAAUGUGCAAUAGGAAUAUCUGGAAUGAUUACAAGCUUCGGUGGAAUCCAGCGGACUAUGGAGGUGCUGAAUUCAUCCGAGUACCAUCUGGACAGAUCUGGAAGCCAGAUAUUGUUUUAUAUAACAAUGCAGUUGGGGAUUUCCAGGUUGAUGACAAGACAAAGGCCCUAUUAAAGUACACGGGUGAUGUGACCUGGAUACCUCCGGCUAUAUUUAAAAGCUCAUGUAAAAUAGAUGUAACCUACUUCCCAUUUGACUAUCAGAACUGCACUAUGAAGUUUGGUUCCUGGUCUUAUGAUAAAGCCAAAAUUGACUUAGUUUUAAUUGGCUCUACAAUGAACCUGAAAGAUUACUGGGAGAGUGGAGAAUGGGCUAUUAUUAAAGCUCCUGGGUAUAAACAUGACAUCAAAUACAACUGCUGUGAAGAAAUAUAUCCAGACAUCACCUAUUCUCUUUACAUUAGGCGUUUACCUUUAUUUUACACUAUCAAUAUGAUUAUUCCAUGUCUGCUAAUUUCUUUUCUGACAGUCUUAGUUUUCUAUUUGCCUUCAGACUGUGGUGAGAAGGUUACACUCUGCAUAUCAGUCCUUCUAUCUUUAACAGUGUUCCUUCUUGUUAUCACAGAAACCAUACCUUCUACUUCUCUGGUAAUUCCACUUAUUGGGGAAUACCUCCUUUUCACCAUGAUAUUUGUAACUCUAUCUAUUGUCAUUACAGUAUUUGUACUUAACGUGCACUACAGAACACCCAAGACACACACAAUGCCUGUGUGGGUGAGAACCAUUUUCCUGAACUUACUUCCCAGGAUCAUGUUUAUGACAAGGCCUGCCAAUGAUGAAGAGAAUAAUCAGAAGCCAAAACCAUUUGUUACUUCUGAGUUCUCAAACUUAAAUUGCUUCAACAGUUCUGAAACCAAAUGCUGCAAAGAGGGCUUUGUAUGUCAAGAUACGGCAUGCAGCUGCUGUCAGUAUCAACGAAUGAAGCUCUCGGAUUUCAGUGGCAAUCUCACAAGAAGUUCAAGCUCCGAGUCUGUAGAUCCUCUGUUUUCAUUUUCAGUUCUGUCACCAGAAAUGAGAGAUGCUAUUGAAAAUGUUAAAUACAUUGCAGAAAACAUGAAAAUGCAGAAUGAAGCAAAAGAGAUUCAGGAUGACUGGAAAUAUGUUGCCAUGGUAAUCGAUCGUAUUUUUCUAUGGGUUUUCAUCCUGGUAUGUAUUCUAGGAACCGCAGGGUUGUUUUUACAACCUUUGAUGGCUGGAGAUGAAAUGUAAAUAUUAAAUCGUAUGUUGUAAAAUCAAAUAAAACUUCUGCCAACCAACUCUGCUCCCCCACCCCAACAUCUGAUGUCUCUUCUAUGUGUAGUAGAAUACAGAUCUCUCCUAGCCUCAACUUUGCUUGACCAAGAAAGCUUUGUGAAAAAUGUGAACAAAAAAUAUUUUUAACCUUUAUGACAGCUAAUUUUAAAGUAAUAAAGUAAUAUGAGCUACAUUUGACAGCUAUUUUUUGCAAUAACUGGAAAUGAUGUAGGUAAUACAUUAAAUUUUACAGGAAUGGUUUAAGAAGAGGUUGAUAAAGAAACUGAAAAGUUACAUGAAUAUGCAGAAGUCAAGACAGGUUUAAUACUUUGGGCUACUAGACUUGUUUCUAUGAGUCUGGUGUCAAGUCUCUUCAGGCCACGACAGGAUCUUCUGGGAAUAAGUUCAUACUGAGUUCAAUGAAUGCCCUCAUGAGGACAAAACAGGUUAGGAAGCAUACAUGGCAAAUCACUAAAUGCAGACAUUGCCACCUGGUGUAUAAACUGACUCCAGCAGUGGGAAGAAAGGACCAUGGGCAGGUUUAUGACAAAAGGAAAACAAACAGGUAAAUAAUAGAUCAUAGUAAGAAAGCAGCCAUAAUGUGAACUCUCUGCAUCCCCAUAUUUCAAUGUAUGAGAAGACUGUCGGUCAAAAGAAGCUAUUCAAAACUAAUAACAUUUAAAUCUGUGUACAAGUAAAACACACACCAGGAUGCACUCUGCAGGUUAUGCAAAGGAUCAAAAUACUUUUAUGGGAUAGUUUGGAUACAGAAGCAUCCUGUUAGAAUGAAGAGUUUUAUGACAAGAGAAGGCAAGUGGAUACAAAAUAGUCCUGUAAAGUAUACUAAAAUUGCUUCUUAGGUGUAACUUUUAAAAAAAAAAAUAAAAAUCAGUGACUGCAGAUAAUUCAAAAGCAUGAAUAAACAAUGCAACAAAAUACUGUAAUGAGAAAAUAUUUUGUAAAAAUAUGAACUGUUCUCUCUGUACCAAAAUGGAAACUUUUUGGAAAUACAGUGUAUCAAGUGAUGUAACAUUUGUGAAAAUAAAGAGAAGUUGUUGAAAAUUGUGUCUUUUUUCCAUUUAUUUUGACCUAGUGACAAAAGUCUAGAUGUAGCAUUAGCUACAGUUUAACACAUUCAGAAACAAGUCACAUAAGUAAAGUUCUAUCCUUCUGAGUCCAUUAAAAUGAUUUUGUUUCGGACACACUUGAUAAGUUGAAGAGCCCAAGGAUUCUAGCAACAGCUAUCUUAUCUUUAUUUACCAUGAUCAGAUCAUAGAAGUGACUAAAAUUCAUGCAUUUGCAAAAACUGUGAGUUACUGGUAUAGAGACUGGGACUUCAUUGGCCAAUAUGCUGCCAAUCACCUUAUGAUAUAAUUGGGCAGUGUACAGACAUCAUCUAACAAGGAGAAAGAGAUGAGGCGGGGAAUUAAAAA